AUGACUGCACGUCAAAAAUCGCGUUCAGAUCGCAGUUUCAAUCUUUUAUCGUUAGAUGAUACUCCUAAGAGACGCAGCACAAGAAGUCGAAUUUUGACAAGCACACCUAGUGCAGUUGACAAAAGGGUUUCGGAAGUAAUAGAGAAACAAUCAGGUUCUACUCGGGUAGUCAAGCGGUCAAGUACAAGUCAACAGAAAGAUACAUUGUUCAGCGAUGAUGAGGUGGAUCACAGUGAGCCGUUAGUCCAUUCUGAUAAAAAUCAUAAUAUCGCCAACAACACCUCAACGUUUGACGAUAGACCAGAACACUUGUACGGCUUAGACAAUUCAACAAAAAUUUUGUCAGGGGGCAAAGAUGAAAGUGAGAGUGUUCAAGCUAAACCAAGAUCUAAGCAUCUCAUGAAAUGUUUGGUAGUUGUUAUUGCUUGCCUCUGCUUCAUUUUUCUGAUGGCUUUGAUGGGAUUACUCUCAGACCAUCUUAAGCAAAAGCAACACCACGGAGAUGAUACAGCAGAAAUCAAACUGUUGAAAAAUCGUAUUAGGAAACUGGAACAAGUACAAUCCCGCCAGAGCAUAAAAACAAACAGAGAACAUGCUUACCAGAAAGUUUUACUAAAAGGCCAGUCAAAAACCUGGGAAGGAGAACCUGUGGAAAAUAAAAUUGAAGAAGCACUUCGUCGUUGGGAUGCGGACAAGAUUGGUAUCCCUGAUUACGCCUUGGAAUCAGCAGGUGGUCAGAUACACGGUUCAAAUCAUUCUCCUACCUUUGCUAAUGGAGCCAUUCCUCAAGUGUUACUGUUUGGUAUCCCUGUGUGGUAUGAAGUCAAGCUACCAAGGGUGAUCAUUCAGCCUGGAAGCACCCCUGGAGAAUGUUGGGCUUUUCAUGGGAGCUCUGGUUUUGUCGUGAUCAAGCUUUCCCGUUUGAUCAAACCCACUUCUUUCACAUUGGAACACAUGGCCACAACUUUGUCCCAGUUUGAAGAUCACAGUAUUCCAAGUGCGCCUAAAGAAUUCUCUGUCUGGGGCUGGGCUGAUGCCCGUGGUAGUGAAAAGGUACUAUUGGGCGAGUAUUUGUAUAGUGAUAGAGGACACGCUCUUCAAAAUUUUCCUGUACAGGCGACCACCGUACCAGAAUUUCGAUAUAUUGAGCUCAAAGUGCUUUCCAACUAUGGGAAUCCUGCCUUUACCUGCCUGUACAGAUUUAGAGUGCACGGACUGCCGUACAAAACAUAUAACUAACACACACGAUUACUCAAUUUUGCAAAGUAGGAACAGUUUUGUAAUGUAAAUAUAAUUCAAAGUAAAAGUAAAGACUGUAAAUGGGAGCGUAUAUUUUUGAUAUUGGUUUCUAUGUUGUUGCGUAUAGGAUAACCUUGAUUAUACUUUGUUUCUGCCAAGUUCAUUAAGCUCUGUGAUUGGUCUUAAAUACUCACACCGCUCCCUCGACCAAUCAGGUACGAAAUUAAACCAUGCAGAUAAGGUCACGUCACGUGCCUUUCUAGAUCUCAUAAGCUCCUAGUAAUAUAUUUCUCUGUUGAAGUUCGACGUCGUGCGCAGAUUGAUUUUGCAACACUCAAUCGAAAAGCGCUUUAUCGAAGUAAGGUAACCAGCUUCGUACGAAAAAAAAGUAUGUUAUCAUAUUGGUAUUAAAGUCUAAUUAAUGAGAAUUUUCUUAGAAUAUCAACAGGAAAGCAUAAAAAAAGAUUGACUUCCACUUUUUGAUGUAACAAUGCUAAGGCAUCAGUUUUAACUGAUGUUUGGCGACGUUUAGUCACUCCUUAACUGAA